CGUUACAGUCUGUUUUUAACUGAAAGCAGAGCGCGGACUGUUUGCAACAAGCCAGCAGAGAAGGCCGAGCACAAUUGAGUGUUGCACACAUUUGUUUUGUUUACGUGCUCCAAGAAGCUAGCUUAGCUAGCCACAAAUUCGAAGCUGCAACAUAUUUUAAACAUAAGUUCUACUGAUACUGAUACACCAUGAAGCCCGCAGUGGACGAGAUGUUUCCUGAAGGAGCCGGACCCUACGUAGACCUGGACGAGGCAGGGGGCAGCAGCGGCCUGCUGAUGGACCUGGCAGCCAAUGAAAAAGCAGUGCAUUCGGAUUUCUUUAACGACUUUGAGGACCUGUUCGAUGACGAUGACCUGCAGUGAUGACCGACACCUGUGUGUUUCUGUGAAAGUGUACAUAAAGAAAUCAACAAAAUGGGCUUAGUCUGACCAAAAGAUCUCUCUAAUUUGUACAGAAUGUCACCCACCACCAUACUGAAAUAAAGACUUUGUUUUUACAAAAGAAAA